UCUGCAAUGGAGAACAGCAACCCAAAAGCGGACCAGAUCGAGGUGGAAGUGUCUGAGUUCGAGAAUGAUUUUGAUGUCGUCUCUUACACCAAGUUCUACAACGAAUUCCUCAAUGUGGAUUUGCUGCAAGAAAGUUGGCCAAAAGUGGAAUCUUCUUUAGUAGAGUUUGGCGUUUUAGAACGCUUUCUUGAGUUUGUAAAUUUUGUAUUGUUUCGCAUAUUAUUAAGUUAUUUAAUUUCUAACUAUGCUUAGGUUGAGGGUAAAAUGAAAGUUGCAAGAGCCACAAGGGAUCAAGACCCAAAUAUUAUUCUCAGGGCUAUGGAUGUUUUGGAGCUUUUGUCAAGAAGUGUUCCGGCAGAAUGGGCAAUACGAGUACUGGAUUGCAGUUUCCAGUACGACAUCAUCAAGAUUGGGAAUCAAGAAGGGGGGAUUUGCAAUAUGUACGGGAUCACUAAGGAGCAAUUUCUUGCACGGAGGAAGCUUCUGGCUGGCUAUGUCCUAAAGGUACUACUGUUUGAACUAACAGAUUGUGGAAUUUUUCUUAAGGGAAACACCAUUGUUGUGAUUGGUGCAUGGUUCACUCCAAGGAAUAAAUAUAGUGAGGAGGAUUGUGGAAGACUGCAUUGCUCAUGAUGUGCCUCCUCUACCCCGGGCGCGAUUGAUGAAAAAGAAGACUCAACAGAAGAAGGAUGAGAUGAAUAAAGUGACAAGUGAAUUGAGGAUAAAUCUCGAGGGUAUGCGGAUCUGAACUGUGGUGUGUAGUGUUGCAGGCUUCAUGUAAAUGUUAGCGCAUUGACUUGAG